AUGAGUGUUCUCUUUUUCUGGGGCUAUUUCAGAUUGGCAUCGAUCCUCCACGAGGAGUGCUGAUGUAUGGCCCCCCUGGCUGUGGAAAGACCAUGCUGGCCAAGGCAGUGGCCCAUCACACCACUGCUGCCUUCAUCCGAGUGGUGGGGUCUGAAUUUGUGCAGAAGUACUUGGGAGAAGGCCCACGCAUGGUGCGAGACGUCUUCCGCUUGGCCAAGGAGAACGCCCCAGCCAUCAUCUUCAUUGAUGAGAUUGAUGCCAUUGCCACCAAGCGCUUUGAUGCCCAGACUGGGG